GGAAGAGGUGCAGAAGAGAAGGGACAGUAAAGGUUCAUUUGAGAGACAAUUUUAAAAAUCAGAUUGUUGUCCACUCUUUCUGUAUGUCCACUUGGCUCUUUAUUUUUCCUCUCCCUUUUGAAUGAAAGAUUACACCAAAGUGGGAAACCUGUUGAAUGCCAGGGAGAUGGAGGGUUCAAGUGUAGAAGCAUCAUUGAGUGUAAGUGCGAGCAGUAUCAGAAUCACUGACGUGACACAGGAUGGAGAUACUCUGACUUUCGCCAUCGCAUCCCAAAAAUUGAACAUCAGUGCUGGGGUUUGUGUUUUUCGUACAUAUGAGGACUUUGAUUGGCUACAGCAGAGUCUUUUCCUGCAAGAAAAUGUUCCUGGAAUUCAGGGAAUCAUAUUUCCUCCUUUACCCCCUAAAGCACUGCCAUCUCAGUUAAACACGCAGACCAAAGCACUCAAACAACUUGGGUUCUUGGCUCUUGGACAAGAUUGGCAGAGUUAUUGUAAGGCGAUGGAGGUUUAUCUCCAGCAGGUGGCGACACACCCAACUCUCUCCAAGUGUAAAGCACUGGACAGCUUUCUCAUUAAUUUAGAGUCUCCUGGAAAACAGCGAGGCAAGAAAGGAAUCUUAAAUCGCCUCAGUCAGGCUGUGGAGGGGAUGAGGAAGGAAAGUCAUAAGGAUGUGGAUGACUUCUUCCAGGACGAAAGACACAAAAACACAAAUCUUGCAACUCUUUCAAAGGUUGCCACAGAGAAAUUACUUGAUGUUGUAAUGACAGAGCAAAAGCUUGCGCUGGCCUGUGGACAUUUCUCCACAUCUCUUCAUCUUUGUGUGAAUCAGGAUGAUGCAGUUGCUGUUGCUUUCUCCAAGGUUUGUUUGAAGCUGUCUGAUGUUAUUGAGGCAGUGAAGCGAAACUUCGAGAAAGUAGCCAAUAACAACCUCUCCACUCUUGGUUUGGGACUGGACCUGGAGUCUCGCUACCAAGAAGCAGAGAAAGAGAUGCUCUUCAGAAGAACAUGUAAACUGAUAGAGCUGGAAACUGUUAAGAGGAAUGCAGAAAAAGCCAAGCCCCCUAAGAGAGAAGUAAUGGAGGAGAUUCAGAAAGCUUCUGAAAAAGAGUUCAAUCUCAUCUCAUCUGUGUCUAAACAGGAGAUUGAGCGUUUCCAUAACUCCAGAGUGCUUGUGCUGAGGAACUUCCUGAUUGAAUGGUGUGAACAACAGCUCAACACAGCAAAGGAGUGCGCUGAACUCUACACUCAGCAUUUGGAAGCUUGCAGAAACCUGUAUUCAGAAUGAACUGAAUAUGAACUCUUUGGGUUUAUGCUCAUAAAACUAUUUCUGGUAAUGUAAUCAAAUUGUUCCAAGAUUGUUUGAAGGCAAAAAUGAUUCUCAUAUAAUUGUAUUCACAUUUAUAACCUCUUUAAUCUGACUGGACUGAAAAUAUGCUAUGUUAAUAAUUUAAUGCCAUCUUUUCAGUUGCCAGACUUAAUAAUUGAAAAUUGAUCUAACUUGAAUUCCAAUGUCACCCCCAGGUCCACAAUUUACAAUCUGCAGGCCAUGUAGUUAGACUGUAGAUUCAGAUGUGAACUUUGUACUGUGUUAGCUUGACAUAAAGCAAUAAAAAUUAUGA